UCUCGUUCGUCGUAAAUCCUUUGGCGCCGAUGCAGGACACCCUGUGCCAACUGCAGAACGAGACAGCGGCAACGAAUCCCGCGGCACAGCCGCAGAGAGCUGCGAACAUGUACUACAUGACGAAGCUUCAGAUCAGAUCAGGUGAGCGGACUCGACCAACAACGCGCUUCGAAGCUUCGUAACGCGAGAGAUCGAUCGAACACGGCCGAGAGAACGGCUGCUAAAUGCUAUUAGGAGCAUUUUUCUCGAUCAAAGAGUCCACAAUGCUCGCGCACCUGUCUAGAAGAUUCGACCUUGAGCAGCUGAUACUCUCCGGAAUAAUCGAGCCACCAGCACGUCUGCUUUAACGAAUAUUAAUACACUGUUACCUUCGGUCCUAGUCUUCUACCUCGCACCAGACGGUAAACUCUUUGGAGAGGUCGGUGAGAGAACAAAAAAGACCAGCAGGACGUCGGGCUGCAGGUCGAAGUAAAAUCCCGCAAUAUAAGCGGCACUGCCGGAAAGGAAACAGGCAAAGAGAGGGACCGGGUACGGUAAUCUGGGUUUAAACGCUAGUGGCAAAGUCGUCUGGGGGCAGGUAGAUGCGCAAAUAAGCGCAGAUACCAGUAGCCGUUACCCGGUAACCUAACACAAUAUCGUGGAAACAACGACGCCAGAUCUUUUCUUUGCCGGAUUUCGUCUGUUCUUAAACUUCCAUCUUUUUCAGAAUUAAAAAUAAAGAAAGAAAGGAUGAAGUCGAACGAAAGAUCGAAAUUGACAAAAAUACAACAAGAAGAACGCGAAACUGAAUUUUAAUGAAACGUUCCUAACAUCUAAACGUACAGUGCACUCGUCCGUUGUUCGUCGUACUCGAGAAACGAGCAUGGAGGAGCUGCCAAACCCCUAGACUCUAAUGCAAAAGCCGCAUCCUGCGUGGCUAUAGGCGGUCAAAUUUUUCCCAAGGAAAGGUACGAUUUUACAGAAAGAGCAAAUCGGAUGGCAGUAAACUACCUAAAAGAUUUAUCGGUACCUUUCGGAUAGUACGGAAAAUACCUUAAGGUUGCUGUUAUAAACAGGUACCUGCAGCCACUUCUAAAGUGUCGAAAAGAUCCCAGGGGCGUCUAAGGAACCUCUAAUAUUAGUUUAACGAGCCUGCUGGUACGUCCGAUAACGCCAACUAUCUUGACACGAUCGUAAAAUUCACAACGACGAGUCCUCGGACACUCUCGGCGAUACCCUCCAGGUUUAGACCUGAGUCACGCUUCGAAGGACAAUGCACAUGAAAUCGUUCGUUUCCUCAAAACGCGCCAACACUUUUUAAGCGCUUUGUCGUCCUUACGAUACAUUGAUGAUCCUGUUCACUGCAUAGAAAAUAGGAUAAUACAACGAAUAGUCUGUGAAUGUUAAUGCGUAUUCAUAUUUUAUAGAAUUUAUAACUAGAGAAACUGAACGUAAAUAGAGAUCUGUUUCAUCUACUAAAUAUCUUGCUCGCGUCUAUAAAAGAAGAAGCGAUCGUGAAGCGAAGAAAAUUUAGUAGCGACUUUUAGUAUCGAAACGACACGCUUCUCAGCUGGUAACUUCCGUUCGAAAUCCUUCCUCUCUUAAAAUAACCGAGAACAGACGAAACAGACCUCCGUCAUCGAGGUCUCGACACGUUAAGAAUUUGCAUGGGCGCGGUCGAUCGGCCUCUCGACGACAGAAACUCGAACGUAAGCACUUGGCUCGUGCAAAAUUUUACGCAACGAGCCCCGUUCCGUUCCCGUAUCCCAAAGUAUAAUUCGAGAAAAUAAAGCAACCCGCAACGGCGAUUAAUUUUAGCGAAUUCGCGUGAGUCACAGAUAACAGAGUUCAACGUCGGUUCACUCUGUAUACAAAAUAUUUUCAGCGAAUAAAAAUUACCGCCCGUUUCCUCGUCUGUAUCGUUGUACGCGCGUUUCAGUCGUCUGAAAAUAGCGAGCGACUGAAAACAAGCGGCCGGCGUAUUUUUAAACAUUCCAACUGUAAUAUUCGUGGCGCGAUUGCAAUUAAAUUCGUGUUUAAUUCUUUCCACUCCUGGGAAACCUUUACCGAUGAAUGAUCGGAUUGCGUGGUCGUGAUGAAACCAAAAAUGAAUGAAUAAAUAAAUCAGAAGGUGUAAAAAGUCUAAAAAACAAAAAAAAAAUAUGGAACAAUUAUAUUCCAUAGGACGUCAUUGUCGAAGAAACGAGGCUAAUAUAUCGGCUGGUAUAUUUCGAUGGUCGUCGAUCGAUCGUACGAAACGAGGAAUUCGCUCGACCAUGGUGAAUCAUCGGUGUGGUCGUGACGCGUCGAUUCGUUGGCAUCGGUCCCCGGUGUUCGUCGACAUUAGCGCCGGUUUCGAGGGCGGAACAAAAGAAAUUGGAACGGUCGGCCGGUCCUCGACGAAGUGUAUUCUCGUUUCUCGGCUGAAAGUCGCGCGGUCGUGCGUCACGAAGCGGCGGAUCGUUCCAUCUGCCAAGUCACAUGUUCUCCACUCGUGAUUUCGGCAUCGCGGCAACGCGCGCGCGCUUCAACUCGUGCCCGUCUCGCGGCCGUCACGCUCGCGUGAUCGGCCAACCGAGAAAUUCGCCACACUUCCUCGGACUGGCCGGAUAUAGUAUAACUGUUCCUCGAUCGACGAUCCGUGCCCCGAGCGUACGCCUCGCAUUCUUUUCGUUUUUCACGCAGCCGUGCUUCCCUCUCGACGAAUGCGAAUUACCAUAAUUCACGGACGUUGUCCUGUCCUACACGCCACUCCGUAUCUGCUUUGGAGCUAAAAAUAAGAACAACCUUGAAGUGGCCUUGACUUUCAGAAAAUAGUUCGAAAGAGGAAUCUCGAGCAAUUCGUAGAAAUAUUAUUUACACUGUGGACUGCGGACGCUUUGUUAAUAGGACUCCUGAAGUUUGAAAUGUUGCAAUGUCGAGGAUGCCAACGUCGAUCGUUUCUCGCGUAGCUACAGGUGUCGAUAUAUGAGGCUCGUGUGGCAUACUCGAGCGUUACGUAAGGAAGAACUCCCAGCAGGCUGCAUGUGCUUCAUCAGAGAACGUCUGCCUGCGACCAUGGUCCUUCGAGCGUGUUCCAAACAAGAUGAUUCGUGGCCUGGACAAUGCUUUGAUCUACACAUCGACGAAAGAGGCUUGUCUCGCGGCUUGUCUGAACGAGCAUCGAUUCACCUGCCGUUCCGUCGAAUACAACUACGUAACUUUACAAUGUCAUUUGAGCGAUUCCGAUCGGAGAACGACCGGCCAGUAUGUGCAAUUUGUAGACGCCCAGGGCGUGGAUUAUUUCGAAAAUCUAUGCCUGAAAGGUAAAGAAGCGUGCAAGUCGCAGAGGAACUUUCAGAUGCCACGAAUCGGAGUGGCCGAUGAUAAGGUCGCGCAAUACGCGGGAUUGCAUUAUUACACGGACAAAGAGCUGCAGGUUCAGAGUGAAUCCGCGUGUAGGUUGGCUUGCGAAAUUGAGAACGAGUUCCUCUGUAGAUCUUUCCUCUAUCGCGGUGCUCCUCAGGGAUCGGCUUACAAUUGUCAGUUAUUCCAUCUGGAUCACUGGACUCUUCCUGAUGGGCCUUCCACGUACCUGAAUGCGGAACGACCUCUGAUCGAUAACGGGGAAAGAGUUGGAACUUAUUUCGAGAAUUAUUGCGAAAAGGGUACAGGACCAUUAGCGGAUCCGCCAGUCGUUUUCGAGACCACGGAAGACCCCACUAUCAAUAACCUCACGAGAAACGACAUAAACUGCGAUAAAACUGGUACCUGUUACGACGUAUCGGUGGACUGUAAAGACACGCGUAUUGCCGUCCAAGUUCGUACGAACAAGCCGUUUAAUGGUCGCAUUUACGCUCUCGGCCGUUCGGAGACCUGCAACAUUGAUGUGAUUAAUAGCGAUCUCUUCAGGCUCGACCUGACCAUGAGUGGGCAGGACUGUAACACCCAGAGCGUGCGUGACGGUUUUCAGACUGGCAUCUACUCCAACACGGUCGUCCUCCAGCAUCAUUCCGUGGUGAUGACCAAGGCGGACAAAAUUUACAAAGUGAAGUGCACUUACGACAUGUCCUCCAAAAAUAUCACAUUCGGGAUGAUGCCUAUCAGGGACCCGGAAAUGAUAAGUAUCACCAGCGCGCCGGAAGCCCCUCCACCAAGGAUCCGCAUUCUCGACAGCAGGUCCAGGGAAGUCGAGACUGUUCGUAUCGGAGACAAGCUAACAUUCAGAAUCGAAAUCCCGGAAGAUACUCCCUACGGAAUUUUCGCAAGAAGUUGCGUCGCCAUGGCCAAAGACUCGAAAAGUACCUUCCAGAUCAUCGAUGACGAAGGAUGUCCAGUAGAUCCGUCCAUCUUUCCGAGCUUCACGCCCGACGGAAACGCUCUUCAAUCUGUCUACGAGGCAUUUAGAUUCACCGAGUCUUACGGUGUGAUCUUCCAGUGCAACGUCAAGUACUGUUUGGGACCGUGCGAACCGGCUGUCUGCGAAUGGGGACGAGAGUCGGUGGAAUCAUGGGGUAAGAGGCGUCGAAGAAGCAUCGCGAAUGCCACUGAGGAGAAAGCAGAGGACAUGACGUUGUCUCAGGAAAUCCUUGUACUUGAUUUUGGCGACGAGAAACAGUCUGACUUCUUGAAGAGCGACGCCAGUAUAGACUUCAACGAAGCCGAUAAAACGGUAACCAUAAUAGAGCCCUGUCCAACGAAGACUUCGGUACUUAUUCUAGGAGUGACGUGCGCCCUGUUGGUUCUCAUUUACAUUUCCACGAUCUUUUGUUACUACAUGAAGAAAUGGCUGUCACCUCGCAAGAUGAUGCCCUGAAAAAUUCCCACCUAGGCUGAGGACCCACCGAGAUGCUCAGGUGGUGACGAAAGAAGCGACGAGGAAAACUCCAGAUAAAGUGCAAACUCACCUCGCGUAACGCGUCAUACGUGUUACAGGAUAGCAUGCGGUGAACCCGAUGGACACGUGUUCGUGUAGACGCAUGGAAAAUUUGCAGUUUCGCGCUGUCAUUCUCGAUAUUACUCACGGUUCGCGGCUCUCUCACAAAGCUAGCAGCUGUGCGGUAAAAACAUUCGUGUUUCCAUACGGGCUACGCGAACAUAUUUUUCAUUCAGACGACGCGGUUUCGGGUUUGUCGCGAUGCUUCGUUACUAUCGAGGACUUAUCAUUUAUACAUUAGGCGAGAACACGAUAUUCGAACGUUGCGUUUAACUCGUGAAGCAAUUUAAUUAAUCGCGGUACAGAUGCCCCUUACCCUCGAAGCUUCCAAGCAUAAUUCACGAUGAAUGUAACGUUAGAAAGGCGAGGCAAAAUUAAACAGAAGAGGAAAAACAAAAGGAGUAUCUCUAAAAAAAGAAAGCUAAAUCGAAGAUCUAUUGUUCGCCGUUAAAUCGAGGACUUGCACAUGGCGGAAGUCACAGGUCGGUUAUGCAACGCUCUGAAGAAAAUCAUUUCAUUGAUGAUGUUAAAGCACACUCAUUAUAGAACACUUUAAAUAUAAUUUCACACGGACACGCGACAUUAAACGAUGUGGCGUGUGACGAGAAUCACGAGGCUCGCCGCUUGUGCAACGCCUCGAAAGGGGGAUUAGUUUUACAUACAGCUGAGGAUCGAUGUCGUAUACAACGACAGAGGUAGAUACGUUGGUUUCAGAAUAUCUUACGGGACAAGCUCUACACUUACGCAUUUUACGUCUGACAUUCCACUCAUUUAUACAUAAUAUUUAUCAUACAUAUCGGAUCUUUUAGAUCGCAUGGGUCGAAGAUCGCAGGGAUCUUGCGUGCAAUAUUUCGUAGGGAGUCGCGGAACAUCCAUUUUCUCGACAACGAUGAAACUAUGGGAAGUAAAGGAAUCACGCCUCGCGUGGACGUCCCUCUGACGUCGUGUUCCUCGUAUCGAGAAAAGAAAUGAUACAUUUGAUCGAGGAUCGUCGAUUGGACGAAAAUUGUUCCCCGAUCCGCGAUUACUACGUUCUUUUCACUAAGAACAACCAGGGACACCCUGACGACAAACGUUGUAAUAAGUACACUUUAUUUAAGGACAUCUUAGACACAGCUAACUGUCUUAUCUCUUAAGGGCUACUUCUGAUCGGGUUGCAAGGGAAAUAAGGUGUAACGAGCGACAAUUCUUUCCCCCUUCGUUUGCUCGAUACAAUCUCUGUGAACUUUUCAGGUUGUUGCCGAACGAGAUAGGUUUCUCCUCGAUCAAAUAUCCGUCGGCACGGCCCUAGCCACAUUUUAUAUCCCACGGAAAUCUACUUAUAACCCGUAUCAAGACUAGCGAUAUUUAAAGGUUCACGCUUCACUAACGUUUCUAACGAUACAACUAGCGUUUAAGGUAGAAAAUAAACGAAGCAUGUAAGCAUAGGUAGAAGCAAGAACAAAAGAACGAACGAGAAAGAGCAUUUUUUCAUCACGAUUAAUAGAUACGCCGUUAAAGUCAUACUGGCGCCUUUAUCGACCGCUCAAAACUGUCUUCCUUGUUUUUAUGUAAUCAACUAUCAGGAUCUUUGAAAAAUUACAGUUACCGUGGCAGUACAAAAACACGAACGGUAAAUUCAACGUCCCCAGUAAUUGGAAGAUUAAUGCACGAAGUCUAGCAUGAACUCCGAUCACGAAAUUGAAAUUGAUGAGAAUGUUGAUCGCUCGAAACAAACUGCGAGAAACACCGAGCUUUCGGGAUUAUUAGGUGCAGGUACUUUGAUCCUCGAUAUCGAAUCACAGAUAUUCCAAUACUGAAUCACAGUAAAUUUCUAUUCCAUCGUAGUUAUAGGUCGUUGAAACAAAUGACACCAUCGCUCCAAAAUGACAGAUACAAGUAAAUCGUUUUAAUGAAAAUUUUGUGUAGGAUCGAUGUUGAAACAUUUUAAAUUUAAUAAAGCCCAAAUGAUCCAUAUCUUACGUAAUUCACACGCAUAAAGAAUUAUAUAUCAAUCAUAAAGUGGAUGAAAUAUUAGCAACAUUGAUCGUACUUCCGUAUAAAUUACAUCAAAUAUUCUCGAAGCAUUGCUUCAGAGGAUCGAAAAAGAAGAGGGAAGGGACAAUACACUUGCAACAAGCAUCCAUAAACUUUCUCCGUAUGUCAUUCUUAAUUGUUCCUGACUUCGUCUAUCGGCGUGAUGAUUAAAGUGGAUUUUAAAAAGGGUCGAAUCUCAAGGGUAGAAAUGGAAAAAUACAAAUGUAUAUAUUAUUGGAUCGUAAUAGGUAUUGAGAUGAAGACAUACAUACACGCAUCAAUAUCACAUGUAUUUGUACUCUAUUUAUGUACGCGAAUGUUCUAAUAAUUAAACGAAGAUCAAUUUCCAAAACACCCUGUUCCUCUUUCUUUCUGUUCGACGGUUAAUGAUUCGCGGUUACGUUACGCGUAUUGCUGUUAGAUUGAUAGAAAUAAUCUGAUAAAUUAGUGAUAAAAUUUCACAGAUCUCCAUUGCAAUAUGCGUUCGAAAUCGCUAUCGGCAAUCGCACCACGAGAUUCCUCAACAACCAGACGUGUAAACAAAUUAAAACAAUUGGUCGACGGCCAACGAUCGGCUCGAACUUGUGAUUAAUCGAGCUGUGUAGAAGCACGUAUUAAAGAUGCACGUGUGUGAGUUUAUUAUUGCGACAAGUAAUAAUAUGAAUCACUUGAUACGGUUGCUGUCGAUGAAUAGUCAGUUGACUCUAGAUAAAAAUAAUUGCGGAAUUUUUAUCUAAAAAUAGACUGCAAUUGCAUCCAUCGAAAACAUAUUUUUAAAUCUUCUCUGUAACGUUAACGUAAAUCGUUCGAUCGAAUUUUUUAAAUUUGCCAGCUAAGCGUCGAGUGAAUUAAAUGAAAAACGUAUUUAUCCUUAAUCGAGAACAAAUUGUAAUCGACGUGUAAAUUUCAACGUAUCCGGUGUAUUGUAGACGUUCCGCAGAACUGCAUAUCGAUGACGAGUCAUGUUUUAAUGAGGUUUCAAAGGCUAGCAUUAAUCGAUAACAAAUUUAACGAGCUUAACUGCUCUCGACCCUCGAAGACAGCGGUUAUCUAAACGAUAGAUAUUUUCAGCCGCUUGUUAAAAGAGAUUUUGCAAUACCAAUGAAACGACUGAAUCAUUUGAACGGCGAACGAAUAUCAUUGGCCACAUUUAACUUCAUGGUUAGUCUAAUUUGAGGAUUAAAAGUGCAUUUGAAAACGCUGAAGUAACAUGAGCGGUCCUAAACAGUUCAGUGAGAUUAAAAAAACUCUACUAUACAUCGAUACGCGUAAACGCCGCAAGAAAAUAAAUGGAUCGAUAAUAUCAAUAAAUCAAAAAAGUGAGAAAAGAAUUGAAUGAAAAACAGGAUCAAAAGUAACAUUCAAACGUCGAUAAAGCAAAUAACGGAUAAUACGUGGCUUUUUAAUCCUUUAAUUUUU